AUGGACUCGGGGGCCCGGGAGCCAACGUGCAUCAAUGCUUCGCAUCCCCGAGCUGCAGAAGAUGAGAAGAUCUCUCUCCAUUUGAAUGGCCAGCCCUGCAGCUUCUCGACCGACGAGAUCAUGCCCGAUCAGACUCAAUUUCUUCACACUACCAAGGAAUCCAAGGAAGCAGACUACGCCAGCCAACAGCACCAGCACCCUACGACCAAACAACCAACCAGACUUGCCACCUUCUUUCCCCGGCUGCAGAGAUGUACGAGACCAUGGAUUACAGGCGCGUUCGCGUUGUACCUCACGGGCCUCAUCCUAAUCUCGGCCUACUCUGCCAGCAAGCUAUUCGACGCCGGCAGUUGGCUAGCCCAUCGACCAGCACAGCCAGCGGCGCCAGCAGCUGCUUCUCCGCCCUCUCGGGUCUCACCAGCCUCCCCAGUCCGGAACUGGGAUGCGGCCGCCUCCAAGGCGGCGGCCUUUGUGGCCCAGCUCAACCUCACCGAAAAGACUCUGAUGGUCACUGGUCAGCUCGGGCUUGAGGCCGGCGGUUGCAUCGGCAACAUUGUGCCGAUCGAGCGCGUCGGGUUCCCCGGACUCUGCUUGCUCGACGGCCCCACGGCGCUGGACCGCGCCGAUCUCGUCAGCGUCUUCCCCGCCGGUCUCACCACAGCCGCAAGCUGGGAUAAGGAGCUCAUCUACCAGCGCGGAAAGGCGCUUGGCGAGGAGUUUCACGACAAAGGCGUCCAUGUUGGACUUGGCCCGGUCGCCGGUCCACUUGGACGCCAGCCCCUGGGAGGCCGCAACUGGGAGGGAUUUUCAGUUGACCCCUACCUCACGGGCAUCGCGAUGCAACUCACCAUUCAAGGAAUGCAAUCAGCAGGCGUACAAGCGUGCGCGAAGCACUUCAUCGGGAACGAACAAGAAACCCAGCGAACCAACUCGUGGCUCGCAAACGGCACAGAAAUCGCAGCGAUUUCGUCCAAUAUUGACGAUCGCACGCUGCAUGAGUUGUACCUGUGGCCUUUUGCAGACUCCGUCCGUGCCGGAGUUGCCAGCGUAAUGUGCAGCUACAACAGACUCAAUCAAACCUAUGCGUGCGAGAAUUCGGGCUUGCUGAAUGACAUCCUCAAGACGGAGCUGGCUUUCGAGGGAUACGUCAUGUCCGACUGGUUCGCGACGCAUUCGGGGGCCGAGUCUAUCAACAACGGGUUGGAUAUGAAUAUGCCUGGGCCCAUCGGCCAUGCCCAAAUUGUCUCGGGCGAGACAUACUGGGGUCCCAACAUUACCGAUAUGAUCAAGAAUGGUUCAGUCACAGAAGACCGUCUUGAUGAGAUGAUCCGGCUGAUCAUGACACAAUACUAUUUGUUCGACCAAGACAGUUCCGACUAUCCCACUGUCGACCCAUCCAUCGUCUUCACAAUCGCAGCUCAGUCAAAUCUUCUAGACCUGCUUCCCUUCGAGCCACCACCAAGCCGCGAUGUCCAACGAGAUCACGGCAGGCUUAUCCGCAAGCUAGGUGCCGAAGCAACAGUCCUCCUGAAGAACCUCAAUGGGACCCUACCCCUCAAGAAGCCAACUAAUAUCGGCGUCUUCGGUAACGACGCUGCCGACCCAGCGGACGGCCUCGUCUUCGGAGCCGGUUUCGAAAUUGGUACGCUCUCCGUCGGCGGCGGCUCGGGCACGGGACGUCACACCUACCUCAUCUCCCCACUCGAAGCAAUCAAAGCCAAAGCGCGUACGACAGGCUCUCGCGUGCAGUACAUACUUGACAACAAGGUCCUGGCUGCUGAUGACUUUAGCAGCCUGUACCCUAUCCCCGAAGUCUGUCUCGUCUUCCUCAACACGUUCGCGUCGGAGGCCUAUGAUAGAACGAGCCACGAAGCCGACUGGAACUCGACGCUGGCUGUCGAGAAUGUCGCACGAAGGUGUCCUAAUACUGUUGUUGUUACACACUCGGCCGGUAUCAAUACCUUGCCCUGGGCAGACAACCCAAACGUCACUGCGAUCUUGGCUGCACACUUGCCGGGGCAGGAGUCUGGAAACUCAAUUGUUGAUGUGCUUUGGGGAGACGUCAAUCCCUCUGGAAAGUUGCCUUACUCUAUUGCUUUCGAUGCCAAAGACACCGAUAUCCCCAUUGUCAACCUCACCGAGGCAGAAAUCACGUCCCCUACAGCAUGGCAAGCCGAUUUCACAGAAGGUCUUCUCAUUGACUACCGUCAGCUUGAUGCUGAGGGCAUCAACCCCAGAUAUGAGUUCGGCUACGGUCUCAGCUAUACCACAUUUAACCUGGAUGCAUCCCUGAAGAUCAAACAGCUAGCAAAGAGCGUUGCCGCUACGCCUGAUCCCACAACCCCGAACUCCCCCGGAGGCAACCCAGAGCUCUGGGAGCCUCUCCUCCGCGUCACUGCCCGUGUGACAAACACCGGCGCCGUAACCGGCGCUACUGUUCCCCAGCUAUAUGUAGCCUUGCCGCAGGACUCUGUUCCCGAGGGCACUCCCAUUCAAGUUUUGCGUGGUUUUGAGAAAGUCUUUUUGGAGUCAAAGGAGUCAAAGACGGUCGAAUUCGAGUUAUUGCGUCGUGAUUUGAGCUAUUGGGAUGUGGCGUCGCAGACGUGGGUAAUUUCCACUGGAUCAAUUGAGUUACGCGUUGGCUUCAGCUCUCGCGAUAUCAAGGCCAAGGCGAAACAGGUCGUUUUAUCCUCCUAG